UCUGCCUCACAGCAAAACCAAAUCAACCACAAAACACAGAGAUGGCCAUGCCCACCAUGGCCUUCUCAUCGUCACCUUCCAUUCUCUCUCCACAUUGCUCAACUCAUCACCCUCUUGUUCUCUCCCACACUUCUCUCUCUUCAUUACCCAAAAUUGCUACUGCCCUCUUCAGCUUCUCAACUUUUCAAACGCUUCCAAAAUUCCCGUUGAAUAGUAACAAAAGAAUCCAAUGCGCUGAAAAAGGCUCUUCAGCUUCAAGUCUUGAUCCCAGGUCCGGAGUUUCAGUCUACAAGCCCAAGUCCUAUGAAGUUCUUGUCGCUGAUGCUGCAAAAUCGCUUGCUUAUGCUCUUGAAGAUGGAAAGACCCGCUUGGAGAUUGAUUUUCCACCCCUGCCUAGCAACAUAUCUUCUUAUAAGGGGUCUUCAGAUGACUUCAUUGAUGCCAACGUACAACUGGCCUUGGCUGUUGUAAGGAAGCUCAAAGAAAAAAGGGAAACGAGAGCUUGCAUUGUGUUUCCUGAUAAGCCAGAAAAGCGCAGGGCCUCUGAACUGUUUAAAACAGCUAUUGACACGCUCGAUGACAUAACCAUAGGUUCCCUGGAUGAUGUCCCUGGUGGUCCAGUCACCAACUUCUUCAGAUCUAUAAGGAACACACUUGAUUUUGACUUUGAAGAUGAAAAUGAAGGUCGUUGGGCAUCCAAUGAGCCUCCCUCUCUUUAUGUAUUCAUUAAUUGUAGCACCCGUGACCUUGCUUCAAUAGAGAAGUAUGUGGAAACAUUUGCCAUUUCAACCCCGACACUUCUAUUUAAUCUUGAACUCGACACAUUGCGUGCUGACUUGGGCCUUGUGGGCUUUCCAACCAAAGAUUUGCACUAUCGCUUUCUUUCUCAAUUUAUUCCAGUGUUCUAUAUCCGAAUAAGAGAGUACUCAAAGACAGUAGCAGUAGCACCUUAUAUAGUGAAUUACAAUGGAGCAUUGUUUCGCCAAUACCCUGGGCCUUGGCAGGUAAUGCUUAAACAAGCCGAUGGUUCUUUUGCUUGCGUAGCAGAGAGUGCAACACGCUUCACUCUGGGUGAAACAAAAGAAGAACUGUUGAGGGUCCUGGGACUGCAAGAGGAACAAGGAAGCUCGCUGCAAUUUCUUCGUAGAGGCUACAGGAGCGCUACUUGGUGGGAAGAAGAUGUUGAGUUGGAAGUAUCUUCUGCUUGGCGUAAUUGAGCAGCUGAAAGAGAUGAAUGCCAGUUUUCCAAUGGAUCCGGGAUACUCAGUUCAGUUGGAUAAUGCUUAGAUGUAAUCAAGGCAUGAUGUUUUUUUUUUCGGGAUUUUUAUGGUGAAAUGACCCAAAAUGAAAACCAGUACGCAAAAUAACUCAUUUGUUUCUGAAGUAGAAAAUUAACCAUUUCUGUAUUGGGAAAGACCAUCGUGUCCAAGAUAUGAGUUGAGAUGGAUUGAGAUGAGCAUAUAAAGCGCUUUCCCCAUAUGCAGAAACAGUUGGUUUUUCAAACUUUUGAAAGAAGAGUUAUUUUUCUUGAUUUUUAUUUUGGGUCAUUGGAGCAUUAAACCCA